ACUUCCUGAGAGCAGCAGCACAGAUUGCAGGCUGGUUAACGGCAGCUCGACAACCAAAUAUGUCUUUUGGAUUCUGUGUGAGGGUGCUUGUUCUCUCCCUUUUGGCUUUUGGGCACGAUGCAAAUGUGCUCGGCAGCAAAAGCGGAGGCACCAGUCACACAAAGCCUUUCUUUGCUUAUCCAAGUCAUAACCCUGCCUUUGUGCCAGAAUAUGAGAGUUCGGUGCAGCCUGGAGGAUUUCUGGGUACUUCUGGAUCAAGUGAAAAUGUGAAAGUAGAUGGUUACAGUCCCGAUGGAAGUGUUUUUAGUUCCUUGCCUCGCGCACAGCUCAUUAGGCAAUUCAUAAAGUGGUCCCAGCUUGAAUCUCAACCCCGUGCUUUCAAGCCAGGCAAACAAAAUUGGCCCCAAACCCAGGAGCUACCAACUUUCAAUAUCGGCUACCCUCAGAAGCCACCUAGGCCCCAGGAGCUGCCAACUUCCAAUAUGGCAUACCCGUCCAAGCCCCAGCAGCCGCGCGUUGUGUUUUUCGGCUACCCUCAGAAGCCACCUAGGCCCAAGGAGCUUCCCACUUCCAAUAUGGCAUACCCGUCCAAGCCCCAGCAGCCGCGCGUUGUGUUUUUCGGCUACCCUCAGAAGCCACCUAGGCCCAAGGAGCUUCCCACUUCCAAUAUGGCAUACCCGUCCAAGCCCCAGCAGCCGCGCUCUUUGAUUUUGGGCUACCCUCAGAAGCCACCUAGGCCCGAGGAGCUGCCAACUUUCAAUAUCGGCUACCCUCAGAAGCCACCUAGGCCCCACGAGCUUCCCACUUCCAAUACUGGCUACCCUCAGAAGCCACCUAUGCCCUAGGAGCUGCCAACUUUCAAUUCAGGCUACUUGCAGAAUUGGCAGAGGCCCCAGCAGCAGUCCACUUUUGAUGAGGGCUACUGGCCGAGGCCACCAAGACCCCAGCAACCACCUAAUUUCAAUCCUGUCUACCCACAACAGAAGCCCAAGCCCAAUUCAUUGAAGUUUAAGUUCAUUCAUUGAGGUUUUCCUAUAGUCAACAACUUUUAAACUUCAAUAAAUGACUUUCAACUUACUGUCUGCUAUGAAUGUCAUUUGAAACCUGCAAAUUUGUUACAUAAUUGUGUUUCUGGCUACUUUCUCAACACGGGUUGUCCUGGCAUUGUUCUAAAAUUCAAUAAAGUACUACCGCACAGUCUGCCAUGAGUAUUUGGAUUUGUGCAAAGGUACCUGUGUAACUAGAUGGUGUUCCACAUCGUUUAUUUGCUGUAGUUAGUCCUAAAAUUAAACUGAGCAUAUUUGAGUCGGUUUUCUGCAAACUGCAUGGCAACAUGUCAUUAGAGUAAUACAUUGAGCAUGUUGUGUUUUCUCAAGGAACCAUUACCUCCAACAUGUCUUUACCAUGAUCACUUACAUGAUCAAAAAAUGUGUUAAACUUUUAGAAUAUAGGUUUUAUCUUCAAAAAGAAGCUUUUCAUCCCACUUACACUGCUGCACAGGGUAGCACUUUGCUUUCUGUCUUUGGACACAGGUGUGAAUGUUAAUGAUAAAUAAAGAUG